UAUGUCGCAAGUCAAUCCGUGUUGGGCUCAAGAGUCAGAGGAGGUGAUACUGGGGUUUGUAAAGUAGGGAAAGUGGAACAGCGGUGAGGGCGUAUUUUUCAGGUUGAUGUCUUGACACGAGGCUAAGUUUGUCGUUUGCUUAAAUCUCACGGAAGCGGCACGUGCUCGUCGUGUGCCAGUACUGAGAGGGGGAAAACCUCAGUUAAUGCCAAAUUUGGGAAGCGGGGUGGAGGAAAUGGCAUUUCAGCUGCUGCUAGUGGUGACGCCUGAUAGCGAGCUUUAAUAAAGCGGGAUAUAUCUCUAGCAGCUGAAGAUGGUGAAUUCAAGUGUUUUAUUAUCGUCAUGGCAAACGGAACCGGCAGCAUCAUGUUGAAAUGCGUGGUCGUCGGCGACGGCGCCGUUGGAAAAACUUGCCUGCUGAUGAGCUACGCCAACGACGCCUUUCCUGAGGAAUAUGUGCCCACUGUCUUUGAUCAUUAUGCAGUGAGUGUGACGGUUGGGGGAAAACAGUACCUUCUGGGGCUGUAUGACACUGCAGGCCAGGAGGACUAUGAUCGCCUGCGACCCCUGUCCUACCCCAUGACAGAUGUCUUCCUCAUUUGCUUCUCCGUGGUGAAUCCAGCCAGCUUCCACAACGUGAGAGAGGAGUGGGUCCCUGAGCUGCAGGAGUAUGCACCUAACGUCCCUUACUUGCUCAUUGGUACUCAGAUUGACCUGCGGGAUGAUCCCAAGACUAUUGCCAAGCUGAACGAUGUGAAGGAAAAGCCCAUUGUGACAGAACAGGGCCAGAAGCUAGCCAAGGAGAUUGGUGCCUGCUGUUAUGUUGAAUGCUCAGCACUGACACAGAAAGGCCUGAAGACUGUGUUUGAUGAGGCCAUUAUAGCCAUUCUGGCUCCUAAGAAAGGUGCGCUCAAGCGAAGACUGGGCCCACGCUGCAUCAACUGCUGCCUCAUCACAUGAUACACCAGCUCAGGGGCACCAGUGAAAGAAAGCAAGAACUGACAACCAACCAGAUUUCAAUCUGAUUUCUGAACUCAAACAUGGUUUAGCAAUGGGCCCAGUCACCUGCGACUGAAAUAUGAAAGGUCCAAGUUAUGGCGGAAUGACAAGAACAACUGACAAAAAGACACACUUUCUCAAUGACAAAAAAACAUUAAACGUUGAGAUGAAAAUGGACAAAAUGAUUUAUUAAAAAUAUAAGCACAGAGAGUGAAAGAGAUGUCUGAGACACCCUUUAUAAUGACCAAGAACUGUCAAACUGUAUUUCUGUGUCUGGCUUAUUAAGCACGAGUUCAUUUAGGAGACCAAACCCAGACAAGCCUAAACAGCACAACCAAACCCAUGGGUCAUUUACAGAAGUAAGACUUUUUUAACUUCAAAAAGGGAAACUGCAUCUCAAUUUGGCUUGCAAAAUUACUAAAUGUCAGUACUGGCUUUAUUUACAGGAAAAAGAGAGGAAUUAUCAAAUAAUUACUGCCAUUAGGAACAUAUGACAAAUUAAAUAUCUAUUCUACAAAAAAAAAAAAAAAACACAAAAAAAAACAGAAACAACAGAUUUUUUUUUAUUUUUGUAAAUGUGACUUCGGAGUCGAGCAUCAUUUCUUGAAUUUGGAGCAGGUGCUGGUCUUUUGACUCCAGCCUGGAUCUCUUUCUCUCUGUUUCUGGUGUCCUUUUCCUCACUUGAGCUUGUAGGUGAGCUGUUUGCGAUGCCAGUGGAUCCAGACAGGAGCAGCGAGGAGGCCAGUCAGAAAUCCAGUAGUUGCCCCAAGGGUACAAGAAAUGGGCCAAACCUGGACAGAGGAACCACAAAAUGAUCAAAGCUGUCUUUUAGCAGGAGCACAGGUGACUGACUGCAAAUUCUACAGAAUCACUGUGGUGUUUUACCAGCCAAAUUUUAUAUUCGAGACUGCUUUCUUCCGCUUUCUUUAACGUUGAGUUUUGAGUGUUAUGUAUGGGUGGCCUUGCCUCUCAGGUGUGUGCCGACUACUUUGCAUUUAGAUUUUUUGCUUCAUAUGAUCAAGGUGAUUUCAAAUGUUAUUUUGAUUUUUUUUUUUAAUGAAUUUCUUGCAGUCCAUGCUGAUAUGUGGAGUGGUCUUUAAAGCUUUCAGUACAUUGUGAGCAACAAAAUUGCUAAUAUAAACAUCAGAAGUCACAGCGGUUUUAUGAGAAGACAUUAUUAAGUAUGAAAUUGCUGUUGAUGCCAAAUGCACAGUUGAUGAACAGAAUGUACAUUUCAUGACUUGCCUCAAAAUAUUUACAGGCUAUAAAACAGGUUUUUCUAA